UCAGGGCAUGCGGACCGCCAUGCUGCUUCGCUCCGCCUGUGCGUUGCUUCCCACCGCCAACCGCGGCUUCUUGGCGGAGGCCGUGGCGGCGGAGAGCCCGUCGGCCGCUGCCUCUGUCGCCGCCCCCGCGCCCGCCUCGGGGACGGUGCCGAAGAGGAAAGGCGGAGACACGCUGGGGAAGAGGCUGCUGAGCCUGGUGUACGCAAAGCGGAGCGCGGUGGUGACGAUUCGCAGGUGGAAGGAGGAAGGAGGCGCGGUGUGCAAGUACGAGCUCAACCGCAUCGUCCGAGGGCUUCGCAAGCUCAAGCGCUAUAAGCACGCCCUCGAGGAGGAAUGGGAGAAUGGUUGCGUGUGUAGUGGAGGGUAAUCAUGAGGAUUGGCAUUGUAGUAGGGAGAUGUGCAGACGUUACCUCAUUUGGCGCGGUUCUUUGUUCUUGUUGUGGUAAUGGAGGGAUGGUUGCCGAGCAAUGGAGGUAGGAAAUGGUGUAUUAGGGGCGAAUUGUGAUUGUGAUGAUGUUGGUGCUGGUGCUGUUGACAUUACGGAAAUGACUGGGUAGACUUGUUAUCCCUUUAAACCCAGAUGCCGUAUCUUCUUUAUAUCCCAUAUCCUGUUAUCCCCUUCUCCUUCUUUAUAUUAUUUUAUUUUUUAAAUUCAGGAUU